UGCUCGCACUCGCAGGCAGGGUAUCCUCGCCGCCGUCGCCGCGCAGAUUGAGCGGCCGCUGCUUGCUAAUCGAGGCGAGCCAAGGCAGCAACUCUCUUGAUCGGGUUUCCCCGAGAUCUCGCCCUUCUCCAAUUCCUCCUGCUGCUGCUGCUCUGCUGUGGUUCUCACAUCACAAGAGACUCAAGGUGCGCACAUCCGUCUCCUCUGCUUGCUUUUGGCAAGAUUUUUGCAGAAGUACUCUAAACUUGUGAAGAAACACUACUUGAUUUUAUACCUAGUAACUCAAUCAUGUCAGGCUGUGCCAGGAAUAUAUUCGAUGAGGAAGAAGACUUUCAGGUUGGUUUGGGCAAAGGAAAUCCUGGGUGGAUGGCACGCUGGACCAGAGCAAGCAGCAGUGCAUAUGGCAAGAACUGUAGUCCUUUCGAGGAAGCCAACAAUAGCACUUGCACAAAAGAUUCUGGGGCUUCACUUUUUGAGCUUAAGAAAUCUAGCAUGGCUGAAAGGUUUAUGUUAGGAGGAAAUUACCAAGGAAUUUCAAUGGAGAAUAUGCAGCAGUUAAACUCUAACAUGUGGGGUGUGGGGGAUGAUGUUUGCCAAGAAGCUGAACAGAAGAAGAUUGAACAGCAAGAUGUGUCUUUUCAAAUUUCUCCAAUGCAGAUGCUCAGAGAUAGGAGUUUCUAUGCUAAGAGAGUAGUCUCAGAAACACUUUCCGUUUGCAGGCUUCCAGAUCUACCAUUGACUUUUCAGAAACUUGUGAACUCAGACGAGAACCUUGAUUCACAUUGGAACCAGUUUUCUAUGUUGCCAAUCAAUCAAAAAAUCGACAGGAUAUUCAAUCCAAAACGAAAGUAUGCCACUGGUACUGUGUUCGAUGAUCUUUUUGUGCCACAACAAACUCCGAUUCUAAAUGUGGCUCCCUCUGACUUGAUGGAAUUAUCACAUCAGGAGUAUGAGCUGCAGUCUCAUCGAAAAACUGACAGGGUCAGGGAUCAUUGCAAACCUGCAGGAGGCAUCAUCCGUCUCCGAGAAGAUCCUACCUGGAUCACUUCUGAUCAUGCAGGGAAGAAAUUAAAAGUUGACAAUAACUCAUUGUUAGAUUGUCUAAUAGAUGAGCAGGAUGCAGGUCACUAUUUUGCAAACCCAAAUCUGGAGCCACUCUGCAAAUUUGGUGAAAAGACAUUCAAUCUUUCAGAAUACAAUGAGAAGGGCCAAAGUGUUGGAGGGGCCUCUCAGAAUCAGAAGUCAAGAACACCGGCUGGACUCAAUGAGAAGGGCCAAAGUGUUGGAGGGGUGUCUCAGAAUCAGAAGUCGAGAACGCCGGCUGGACUCGAUGAAAGACAACCACAGGAGGAAUUUACAGAUUCCAGUAAAGAAAAAGUUCCACAUUUAUUUGAAAUGCUGACAACACCUUCCAACUCUAGUGGCGUUGGAGUUUGCUUGUAUGGCCCAAAUAUUGACAGUCAUUUGUUAGGAGCUCAAAAACAAUUCUCACCUAAAACUGAAAAGUUGCACAGUGAGACACAACAUGUGUCAAAACUGUCAGCAGGUAUCACUUUAUCGUUGGCAGAAAAGGACAAUUGCUGCGCAGAAAAAGCGAAUGAGCAGCUGGCAACUCUGUCCAUCAAAGGAUCACCAAGACACAAUGAAGAAAGCAGAUUACGUAAUUUCAAUGUCAAUCAAGAUUUUUCCAGCAAGCCCAAUACCGAAACCAUGGACUUGGAUCCCCUGCCAUUUCAACCAAGCAGGACGAAAAAUCAACCCCCCAACAGCACAACUGAAUCGCCAGCGCGUACCGAGCCAAGCGACAGAUGGCUCAAGCGUCUGCGCCACGAUGUCGCAGAUCCUCGUGGAAGCCCCGAUUCCAAGAGGCCCAAAAGUGUAGACUGCUGUCCUGUUGGAGGAGCAAGCAGAAUGCCCGACACUGACAACGCUGACCAUGCCGAGGCAAGGAGCGUCCACUCCUGGGUAGGAAGAUGGUGUGUGGGUGGUGGUUCCCCUGCUCCGCAUGGAGAUCCGGACCAGAGAGAGCGAGCAGCAGCGAAGCCUGGCGUGGCAACCGGAGAACUCGGAGUUGGCGGACACUUCCCGAGCAUCAAGGCGAUGGCGAUGAUGGGGCGUGUGAUGAGCAAGAUCCGGCCGCUUGAUCGCGAGAAGAAGGGCCCUUGCGUGAUGUGGAAGACUGAGGGAGCCUAAGUGAGUGGCUAGCAGGUCUGUUUUUUAUUUCUUUGUUAUGUUGAAGGUAGUGGUGUAUGUUGCUGUUGCAUUUCGUGUGGUUUGUUCCUAAGAAUGUAAAGUGUACAUAAAUAUG